AAAGCAGCCAAGGCAGGAGGGUUCUUGGAGCCCUGGGAUGGAGAAGGGAAGAGGAAUGCCACCUCUCCUGCCAAGGAGAGAAGGAGGACCACAGGGAGGCGGCUGCCUGCCAAAGUGCUCGGCACUGUGACUGAGCUGGUUUCUUUAAUGAAAGCCAGUAUUUCUUCAGAGAGCUGACCCAGCCUCCCUCCAGUGACUGAAAUCAAUAGAAACAGUCGGGCGAGGGGCCCGGGUGGGGGCAGGACACCCCCCCACCCUACUCUCCAUUCUCCACCAGUUUUCCCUUGGCUUGGCUUCCCACUUUCUCCUCUCCCGGAAAAGUUGAAUCUCCGAUAAACUAUGAGCUGCAAAGAUUUUCUCUCCCCCACCUCUGGGUUUUUUUCCCCCCUACCCCCCUCUUCUCGACAUUUUCUUUUCGCUUGACUGAAGGUUUGGUAAGAGGAACGGCCUUGCUGAACUUCCCAUUCGGCAAAACUCCCUUCCUUCUUCUCCUUUUUUUUUUUGUGUGUGUGUCAAUGAAAGAAUUGUUUUGGAACCAGGAACCUGCCCAAGCGGAGACCUCUCCGGAUGCCUUCCUGACCUGAUCUUACUCUUUGGGAGCAAGCUUAAAAAGAAAAAAAAAUUAAAUCAAUAAAAAGAAAAGGGUUGGGGAGGGAAGGAGGAAAUGAAAUCCGGUUUAGAGCUGGGGAGGAAGGAAGAAAAACCCAAAACAAAACAGAAACCCCUAUUGAAGAGAUGAAGGAAGGGAGAUGUGGGAUUUUAUUGCCUGGAAAGAAUUCGCAGUGGCUGAUGUGCUGAAUGCUAAAAUGGCUGCAGAAAUGCACUGGAGGAGCUGAUCCGGCCCCAAAUGCAGAGCAAGAAAACCAUCCGGUGUUAAAAGUUCAGUCCCUGUUCCUGCUCUGCGACAUCACAACUAAACUUCACAGAGUUGCAACCGGAGAAGCAAAAAUGUUCCCACCUGAGGCCGAGCAGCCGCUGGAUCCCAUCGCUUUGAAGCAUGGCCAUGCUCGCCAGAAAAGCUGGUAACCAGCAGAAAAGACCCCUGGUCUCGGGAACGUCAUUAUGUGGAGCUGUGAAGCCCUCAAUGGUUCCAAAAACACCGAGGACCAGAAUCUGUGCCACGAUUUUCAUCUGGUCAUUUCCAUUUUCUCUUUGCUCUACCUCAUCAUCUGUUUCCCCGUCGGCCUUUGUUAUAAUGGGCUCUUGGUUGUGGUCAACCUGUGUAACAAAGCUACGAUGACCAUGCCGGACGUCUACUUUGUCAACAUGGCCAUCGCUGGCCUCAUCAUCAACGCCAUCGCCCCCAUGUACCUGCUGGGACCUACCAGCACCAAGUGGGCCAUCUGGAAUUUCAACAACGAAGUCUACAUCACCUUGCUGAUUCUAUUCAACGUCUCCUCCUUGGUGAUCAUGUACUCCAUCGCCUUGCUCAGCCUGGACUACUACAUCGAGCGGGCUCUGCCGAGGACUUACAUGUCCAGCGUGUACAACACAAAGCACGUCUGCGGGUUCAUCUGGGGAGGGGCCAUGCUGACCAGCUUCUCCUCUCUCCUCUUCUACAUCUGCAACCACGUCUCCACCAAAAUUAUUGAGUGCUCCAAGAUGCAGAACAAAGAAGCCGCGGACGCCAUCAUGGUGUUCAUCGGUUACGUUGUGCCGGCCGUCGCCGUGCUCUACGCACUCGUGCUGAUCUUGCGGAUACGCAAGGAGGCCACGCCCCUGGACCAAGACACUGGAAGACUGGACCCCUCUGUGCAGAGGCUUCUGAUCGCCACCGUUUGCACCCAGUUCACCCUGUGGACACCUUACUACGGGACCCUGAUGGUCAGCACGCUGGCCACCAUGCAAGGCAAAGCAGUGGAGGAGAGCUAUGGCCGGGCCUUGCAUUUCACGAAGGGGCUCUCCAAAUUCCUGGCUUUUUCCAGCAGCGUUGUCCUGCCUUUGCUCUAUCGGUAUCUCAGCAAAAACUUCCCGGGGAAACUGCAAAGGCUGCUGAAAAAGCUGCACUGCGGGAAUCAGCCGUGUUCGCACGAACGCACAGUGGUUCAACAAAUUGUCACGUAGGUAUGGAGGAACGCUGGUGGGCGCCGGGUUGCCGAGCGGAGUCUGGAGGUUGCUGCCGAGCGAGGAGGGCACGCGAAUGUCAGCGCCUCGCUGUCCUAGGCCUACCCAGGUAGCGACUCUGUGGAGGAAACUGUUGGGAAUCCUGUCUGUGGGUUAAAAAUCGUGGCUUGGUUCCACGAAUUUCAAUGCACUGAGUCAGUUUUACAGGAUUAAGCUUUGUUUUAGCAAUCUUGUGUGAAGAAGGAAAAAACAAACAAACCCACAGUAGGAUUUUUGACCGAACACCUAGCACUUUGUAAUCUUGUAGAAUUUAAAACGAAAAAGAGGUAUUUUUAUGUUUUCGUAUAAAAUAAUAUGAAUUUUAAAAUUUACAAAGCAGUUUUAUGUCAAGGUCGGAGCAGCAACCUUUUCAGUUAGGAUAAUGUCCAUUAAUAAUUGCACUGGUCAAAUUGUGUAACAGCCUUAGUAGGAUACUACGUUUUUUUUCCUAAUCUGCGGAGUUACGAUUUAAACAAAAUCUUUACUUCUAACUCUGAAGGUUUGAAGGUUUCUCUUCGAACGCAGCUGUGUUUUCCUCCAUUUACAAACGAACAAAAAAAAAAAUGGGUUUCCCCCAUUUUCUUGACUUUACACUGUAAAAGCAUUUCAAUCGAUCGAAAGUAUGUAACUUUGCAGAAACUGUAGGAUGUUGCUACGUCUAGUAAAAUGAAGGACAGUUUAAGAUGAAGUCAAGCUUAAGGUGCCAACGAAAAACCCGGUUGCAUUUAGAAGAAAAGGGCACCUACUGAAUCACUCACAGAUAUUCCUUAGGACGUACAACUUUCUUUUCAUGACUGAAUUAAAAGCAAGGCUCAAAGAAUGUUUGCGGGAUAUUGAUGGACCAAAGGGAUGGAAGAGAUAACACAAUGGUGUGAAGGUACACAGGGGACAACAAGGAUUUCUUAUAAUUCUGGUCCUCAUUUUUAUGCUGCUUUAAAUUCUAGUUCUCUCUCUACUCAGUAGUGCCAUGUCUCUUCUGUCCCUUUAGUUGGGCCCAACAACAAGCUAGCAUGAAGUAGGCUAGGCUAGGCUACUAAAAGCCAUAUAUACCAUGUCAUCCUACGUGCACAUAAGGACAAUGUUUUGUAUCUGCUCCACCCCCAUUAUCACCAGAAAAGCUGUCCAAGAGGCUGGGAGAUCCUCCAGAGGUCACCACAUCCUAGAACAAAGAGCUGGAAAAAGGGGUGAGGAACAUCUCUAGAUGUUCAGAUGGCCUCCAACACAGGGCAACUGUUUUUCAGUUUAACUGGCUGCCUCCUAGGCAUAACAGAAUAAAAGAGUUGGAAGGGACCUUGGAGGUCUUCGCUCAAACAGGAGACCCUCUACCAUUCCAGAUAAAUGGCUGUCCAAUCUCUUCUUGAAAACCUCCAGAGAUGAAGCAUCCACAACCGCUGAAGGCAGGUCGUUCCACUGAUUCAUUGUCCUUGCUGUCAGGAAGUUUCUCCUUAGUUCUAGGUUGGUCCUCUCCUUGUUUAGUUUCCAUCUGUUGCUUCUUGUCCUGCCUUCUGGUGCUUUGGAGAAUAGGCUGACCCUCUCUUCUUUGUGGCAGCCCCUCAAAUAUCGGAACAUACUCUCCGUGUUCCUCGGCUGAAAGAGAUGAUGAGAGUUGAAGUCCCAACUCCACCGGAGGUCACCAAGUAGGGGAGAAAAGACUAGAUGAUACGAAGCGGUUUUGCUUCUUCAGAGGUGAGGUGAAAUCAGGAUUUUUGGGUUUUUUGGCUGGCUGGUCUUGCUUCUACCAAGCUGCCAUUCAUAACAAUUGUGAUUUGCUCCAGCUGACAUUUUGGCUGGGACACAGUGCCAGGAUCCGAGAGAUGUAGGCUUGUAGAACAAAUAGUUGAGUCUUCUGUAAGAGGCCUUGAGGGUUGAACUGAGAGAUUAUCGGAGUUAAGACGCUAAUUUAGCCUAGGGAGUUACCACAAAGUCUAAUUUAGUGGAGGGAGUUGCCAAGGUUCUCCACAGGUAAGGAAGAAAACAAUAGCCUGUAUGUUUGCCGGGCUCCAAGGUGUCUUUGGCUUAGCCGAAGUCUGAUUAGCCUUACCGUCUAGGUCAGGGGUCUUCAACCUUGGCCACUUUAAGCCUAGGUACAGAGGAGCUGGGGCGAGGAACAGGAGCUCACCCCGUUGCGCGUCGGGUCUCGAACGGGGCCAUCGACUUUCCAGCUGACAAGCUCAGCUUCUUGAACCACUCAGCCAUCAUGCCUCUCUCUAUAACUCUACUAUACUACUAUAACUCCCAUAAACCCAAGAGGCGCAACCUUUUUUCGUUCACCUUGACAGUCCUUACUUCUCUCUCCCUUGAAACCUCUCUGGGCCAUCCUGGUUUCUUCAGACCGAAGAAAGCUAGUUUCUCGUUUCUCUUCCAACGGACAAUGUCUUUGGCUUAUUUCAGGCUAGGCUAAAUUAUUGGGAUCUUUGAGUCCCUGCAGGAUUUCUUACCAGCCAUCAACGCUGGAUAUAAAUUCAGCGGUGGGACUUCCUCUUUCCCAAACUAAGCAUUCCUAGGUCAAAAGACAAUUCGAUGCUUUGUAAAACAAAAAAACCAGGAGCCAAAUGCUCAUGCCUUAUGUAAUUCCAACUCCACGUUACUAAUAUCCUGUAUCUGAAGCCACUUUAGUUCAAAACAUUUACAUAUUUCUUCCCAAAUCUUACUCACUGCUAAUAUCCUAAGAGGCGUGCCUUUUCCCAUUAAAACUGAGUCAGUAUUAGAGGGAAGAAAAAAAACAAAAAAUUCAGUAUGAACCUAGUAACCUCUAAACUGGUUUCCAGAAAUGUUCCACAAAACCACUAAUGUUUAUUUUUAGAUCUCAAAUGCUAUCACUUUCAAACAACUGCAUUCACUUUUCGUAAACUCUGAAAUCAGGAGUGUUUUCCAGACCAGAAUUUUAGUGAGGUCCAAAAAGCUAACAAGUAGGUAUUUUUUAAUACAACCAGUAACCUAAGGCAAAUGUGAUGGAAGAAUGGAGAUAGAAAAUUUGAGGGGAUAAGAUUUGGAAAUCUGUUCUCAUAUGGACUUUUAGCACGCAUUUCUGCUUAAGCCUCCGAAAGAUUCCAGCUAUUUUUGUAAAUAAAAGUAUAUGCCAUUAGUCGCUGAACACAUGAAACAAUCUACUGAUGUAAAAAAAAAACAUUUAAAAGAAUUUAUUAAAUUAUUUCCUAAGAUUCAGAUUUUAUCACAGUUGAAGACUAAACUAGCUCAAUGAAAAGUACUGUAUCUGGUCAUACAUAACAGAAGUUCAGCACAGGAGUGCUGAUAUUAACAGUAUUAUUUCAGAAUAGUAUUUUUUUUUUUUUUUGAAAUGAUUUUAUGAUUUGUAGGUCUCCUUUUAACCGGGGAGGCAGUUACGCCAAAUCAAUAAACUGAUAAAUUGUUUA